UUCGCCUCAGUGAGGCCUGAGAUUCUUUUGAACAGGAGCUCUGCUUCCCAUGAGGCAGAGUGAAGUAUCAGCUGGGAUAUUUCUGGUAAAGCUGAAAGCAGAAAAAGCCAAGUGCACACUUCAGGAAGUACCAGCCCCUGUGGGACUAUUGGGGCCUUGGGGAGCCUUGGGGGGACUUGGGGGCCCUUCCCAAGUGACAGAUGGAUGGACCUUUCCUCUGAAAGAAAGGAGGACACACGUUGGCAAAUCAACUUCAAACCCAAGCUUGCUUGUGAAGACAUCAUAACGGGGAACACGCCCACAAAAGCUAGAAGGAAAGAUCGAAAAGGCAAGAAGGGCGGGAAUCGAGACAGACUUGUCCCUUCAAGCAGCUACUCACCAGAACUGGGAACAAAAUGUCCCUGAAGUUGCCAAGAAACUGGGAUUUCAACCUGAAAGUGGAGGCCGGGAAAAUAGCUCGGUCCAGGAGCGUGAUGACCGGCGAGCAGAUGGCCGCCCUCCACCAGCCGUCCGCCCCCAACCCGCUGGAGAGGCCCAUCAAGAUGGGCUGGCUGAAGAAGCAGAGGUCCAUCGUGAAGAACUGGCAGCAGAGAUACUUUGUGCUGAGGGCACAGCAGCUCUACUACUACAAGGACGAAGAGGACGUGAAGCCGCAGGGUUGCAUGUAUUUACCAGGAAGUACGAUCAAGGAGAUCGCCACAAACCCAGAAGAAGCGGGGAAGUUUGUCUUUGAAGUCAUUCCAGCCUCAUGGGACCAGAGUCGCACUGGACAGGACUCCUAUGUCCUCAUGGCCAGCUCUCAGGCGGAGAUGGAGGAGUGGGUUAAGUUCCUUAAGAGAGUCGCUGGCACGCCCUCUGGAGCUGUGUUUGGCCAGCGUUUGGAUGAGACCGUGGCCUAUGAGCAGAAAUUUGGCCCCCACCUGGUGCCCAUCCUGGUGGAGAAGUGUGCGGAGUUCAUCCUCCAGCACGGCCUGAAUGAAGAGGGCAUCUUCCGACUGCCUGGGCAGGACAACCUGGUGAAGCAGCUCAGAGACGCUUUUGAUGCCGGGGAGCGGCCCUCCUUUGACAGAGAUACAGAUGUACACACCGUGGCCUCCCUGUUAAAGCUUUACCUCCGAGACCUCCCAGAGCCAGUGGUUCCCUGGAGCCAGUAUGAGGGGUUCCUGCUGUGCGGGCAGCUCAUGAAUGCAGAUGAGGCAAAGGCUCAGCAGGAGCUGGUGAAGCAGCUGUCCAUCCUUCCUCGAGACAACUAUAACCUCCUGAGCUACAUAUGCAGGUUCCUACAUGAAAUCCAGUUGAACUGUGGUGUUAAUAAAAUGAGCGUGGAUAACCUGGCUACUGUGAUUGGUGUGAAUCUCAUCAGGUCAAAGGUUGAAGACCCUGCUGUGAUCAUGAGAGGGACUCCUCAAAUCCAAAGAGUGAUGACCAUGAUGAUCAGAGACCAUGAAGUUCUGUUUCCCAAGUCCAAGGAUACACCCCUGUCACCCCCUGCUCAAAAAAAUGACCCCAAGAAAGCUCCAGUGGCUCGAAGUUCUGUGGGCUGGGAUGCCACUGAAGACCCCACGAUGUCUAGGACAGACAGCUUUAGUAACACAACCAGCGACUCAGACGCAGGAAGCCCCACUGGACAACAGCCGAGUGAUGGGUAUUUUGAAGAGAGCAGUAAAGCCCCCAAGGAAAAGCUAGGAGAUUGGAAGCUGCAGUCGAGAAAAAGGACUCAGACGCUCCCUAAUCGGAAAUGCUUCUUGACAUCGGCGUUUCAAGGUGCCAACAGCAACAAAGUAGAGAUCUUUAAGAAUGAGUUCUGGUCGCCCUCUUCAGAGGUAAAGGCAGGGGAAGGGCACCGGAGAACAAUGUCUCAAGGUAUGCCCCACUUUUCUGACUCCCAGCGGACUUCCACCUAUGAUAACAUCCCUUCCCUGCCUGGGGCCCCUGGGGAUGGGGCAGCUGCUGUCUCUUCCCAUGCUUGUGACUCCAAGAGAGAAACUCUUGCCAGCCCAAACUCUGAAACCGGACCUGGAAAAAAGAACUCUGGAGAAGAGGAACUUGAAUCCUUGCAGAGGGUGGUCCAGGAACUGCAAAAGGAAAUAGAAACACAGAAGCAAAUGUAUGAGGAACAGAUCAAAAACCUUGAGAAGGAAAAUUACGAUGUCUGGGCCAAGGUGGUGAGGCUCAAUGAAGAACUGGAGAAGGAGAAGAAGAAAUUUGCAGCCUUGGAAAUCAGCCUCCGCAAUGUGGAGCGCUCCCGGGAGGAUGUUGAGAGGAGGAACAAGGCCCUGGAAGAAGAAGUCAAGGAAUUUGUCAAAUCAAUGAAAGAGCCCAAGGCCGAUGCUUGAGGGUCCCAGGCAAACAUGGAGACAGCCCACAGAGGCCUACCCGACACACUCCCUUUCUCAGCGCUACCUGAUGACUGAGAAGCAAAAUUACUCCCUAUGAGGGAGAAGAAGACAUUUUGGGGGGAAACACCACAUUUCCCAGUAAAAUAAAUCAAUGGAAUUUGCAGGAAGAUGAGGGUAAGCAGGGACAUGUGGGGACGUCUAUGGCCCCCUGCGGCUGUAUUCAAAAGGAUUGCAUUAUUCCACCGUAGUCUCAGGCUGAGUGAGAUGGAACCUUCCAUGGUUGGGUGACUAUGUCCAGUGGAGACAUUUGAGGCCAUGUGCCAAGGACCUAAGCAACAUGUUGGCCCCAACCGAAGGUGGACUGAGGCAUUAGUUCUUUUUCUUUUCUUCUUUGUGGAACAAUUCAUCCAGUCAGAUGGCUUCAUGGUGUCCCUGAGACAUAGGGGCAGAAAAUGAUAUUUAGCUUUCUUGUAUUCACCUGUGGUGAGCUGUGUUUUGGGGAGCUGCACCUGUUGACUGGAGCCCCAUUCUGCCACCCCCUCCAUGAUGCACACUUUCCAGGGAUUGGAAACUCAAAAUUAUUAUUAGACUAAGAAAAAACAAGCAAUAAAUGUGUAUUUAUGAGAGCAGGGCUAUUGGUAAUCCUUACAAACACCUUUGUGAGCCUUAGUGAAAGGUGCCCCUUCCUUGAAGCAGACACACACACCCCUCUCCAGGCGCAAGGCUUGGUGAGCAGGACAUGGGCUGGAUUACAUUGCCUUUCCAUGGCCACAGUUGUGUAUGGUCGGCCUGUGAAAGAGGCCUUCUCACCACGAUGUGACUUCCUCAGAGGCUGGCUGGGGGUUUUAGAUAGUAGUAGUCCCAAUAAUAUUUUUUCUGUUUCACCAAAAUGCCAGUGAUUUCACUCUUGUUAGGGAUAAGAGGCACUAGAAAGUAGCUAGGAGAGGAGCCUUCCUGGCAGACUUUUCCUCCUAGAGUGAAGCCAGCCUGGCAGAGGGCCUGGGUGAGGCCCCAAGCCUCACUAGGAAGGAUAGUGGAGGCUUUAAUAAUUUUUGUCAUUAUCCUGAUUAAGUGGUCUCCAAGCUCUUUUGACUAUGUACUCCAUGAGUAGAAAAUAUUUGAGCAGACACCCCCCCCCAAUAUAUUUCUUUACUUAUAAAUUAUAUCAUGUACUUCUACAUUGCUAUGUCAUGUAAAUCAUAAAACAUAUACAGGACAGACAUUGAAUAAGGGUGAGAACAAAACACAGACAAAUAGAUAUUCUCAAAUGUGCUUUCAGCUUUGGGGGCCACUGGCCAGAUUUCCCAGCAGGUGUUACCUGUUCUAGUUUCACAUAUGUCAUCCCCAUUGCUGUCAUACAUUGACUUGACUCUUGAAACCACAUGGCUUCAUCAGAGGUCUGAAAUCCAUGGUUACUGCGGUGAGAGUUUAGUCUUCCCAGCGUGUGUCUCCUCAAUUAUUUCUUUUUCUCCUUUUGUUUUCUCACUUUUCCUCCUCUUCUCUUUGUUCUCUUCGCUCUGGUUGUUUCCCCCUGCCCCACCCCUGCCCAUGGCCAUGACACAUUAGCUACAGACCUAGUGGUACAAACAGUGACGUCAGUGUUGCUCAGUCCUGCUACUCAGGUCCUGUUUCUCCUGCCACCAGUCACCAGACUGAUGGAGGGCAGGGACAAGACCUGGCAUGUUUGUUUUAGAGACCUGCUAAUGAAAGAUCGGGGUGUGGGAGGGGGUUGAUUUGGAACAUCAUUAAGUAAAGCAAUAAAACGUUUGAUUUCCUGGG